CUUUCGGAUGCUGGGCCUCAGAAUAGAUCUCGAUUUUCCACUCUCGCUCAGUCAGCCACUGUCGUUGUCAGCGUGCUGUCGCGUUUUCUCUCUGCUCCCGGAAAAAAUAAUUUUGAACAUUUGAGACGAACGGUUAUCCUUCACGGGUGAUUUGGUGCGUGGGUUAACGUGAUUCUAUUUUGUUGCAAUUGAGUGGAGUUAAGAAGUCAGAAAAAUCUUUCCAGGAACUUGUGUAUUACCCAGUGAAUUCCAUUAAAAAAGAGGUCUAAGAAUAACUCUCCUUAAAGUAUGGUCAUGAUGCAAUCGUCAGGACACGACGGUGAGCACCCUUUGAGCCCAAUGUCUGGAUCAAAGUCACCGAAAUCCGAUGAUCAGAGCCUCAUUAUUGCUCGUGAGACUAAAUAUCCUAGAUUUGAAACUUCUAAGACCGACACAAAAUUCCCCGAGAAGACCAUUGGUCAUCUUCUGGGCAGAAAUAUCGAAAACAGAACUCUCCAAUUAUCUGCCAUUUCUCAUGUAUCCUCGCCAUCGAACAAUAACCAACAAAAGCAGAUUGAUGCAAAUUACGCAGAAGUUCUCAGUGAUGAGGAGAAUGUACGGAAGCGUCAACUGCUGGAGCACAGAUUGAGCCCAGAUGAGCCGUCGGAAGUGCAUGUGAGAGGUGGAUCCCAUGAAGAGUGUCUCAAGUUCUCCAGUGGCCACUAUUCGAGCGGUCGCAGCUGUGGCGAACAUCGUGUCAGGAAUGAUGGAUCACCCGAAGGAGACAACCAAUCCAUCAGCAAUUUAUCUGCCAUCAACACCGCCAAUCAAUAUCCCAUCAAGUGCGAAGCACCGCCGGGGGGUGAGCUUGAGGUGGACCAGAUAAAGCUGGCCAGGACUAUGCUCAACACUGACAUAUCGGACUUUGGCUUUCGGAUACAGUUGGGUGGACUCCAUUCCAACUAUGCCCGCAGUGACACGAGUGAAGAACUAGUGGUUGAUGGGAAUGAUGAUAUGGAAUCCCAAGAUGGUGCGACGAUUUGUCCCGUGGACCUAACACGUUCCAUGGACUCAAAAGCGGUAUGCAUCACAGAUAAGGAUGUCCCGAGGAAACUUGCUUUCUCCGUUGAAAAUAUCCUCGAUCCCAACAAAUUCACAGGGAAGAAGGCACGUCCUGAAAUUGUGUCUAGAUAUUGGGGGUAUGACAAGGAUAAACUAAAGGAUGCAAUGGACAAUGACAUGGAUGACUCCCACUCUGGAAAGGACGUGAGUGAGGUGGACAAUGAGGAAAUGUGUGAUGACGCAAUGGAAAGUGACACGGAAGAUCAUAUCAGUGAAGAGGAUUCCAAGAAAGAUUCAACAUCACGUAACUCAAAAGGCAAUUCAGAUGGAAAGUCUCAGUCUAAUGGCACAAAACCAAGAAGGGCACGGACAGCCUUCACGUACGAACAACUUGUUUCGUUAGAAAAUAAAUUCAAGACAACGAGAUAUUUGUCUGUUUGCGAAAGACUCAAUUUAGCCCUAAGUCUCAGCCUCACAGAAACCCAAGUUAAAAUAUGGUUUCAAAACCGACGGACAAAAUGGAAAAAACAGAAUCCAGGCAUGGAUGUUAACAGCCCAACAAUCCCGCCGCCAAAUUCAAGUGGAUCUUUUGGACCAGGCUCCUAUACCGGCAGCCUUCUCUACCCACACGCAGUGCCAUAUCCACCCUAUGGACCAUACUUUCAUCCAUUGGGUGGUCAUCAUUUGAGUCAUUCGCAUAACUAGAAUUGCAUGGAUACACCAAUUUGUGCUUAAAACCGACGGUAAACUUUUCAAUUAUUCAAUGAGUUCUGUGGACAAAAAUUGCUAUUUUUAGGCCAUCAACGCAAUAUUUUCCGAAUAUCAUCACAACAUUUUAUUUCACAUUCAUUCUCAGAUGAUAGCGCGAAAUUUAUUUUUAUUAAAAAAAUAUUAUUUUAUAAAAAUUAUUUUUUUUUAGAAUUAAGACGCAAUACAAUGUUCGGGAUGGCGAAGCAAAAUGUGAAUAUUCUGUACAAAUAAUAUUGUUUAAUACAAUGUAAAUAGAGAGAUCAGUUUAUUACAAAAAGAACAAAAAAAAUUGUGAAUAGUAAUUAAAAAAUAAAUAAAAUAUUAAGAAGAUUGCUUUUAAUCUACAGCUUGUUUUCCC